AAUUCUUCAUAAAGAAAAAAAUUUAUGUCUAAGUGAAAUUAAAAAUUUAUUCGUUUUAUUUGUAUAUAAGUGUACACAGCUUUUUAUAUUAGAAUUCAAAAUGGAAGCUGACCCUUGCAAUACUCAAUUUGUUGAGCAGGUGGAUAAUAAGCUAACCUUAAACGAUGAGUGUGAACGAAUGGAUACAGUUAAGCAGCUGCCAGAAAAUAAGGAAUUGAACAUAGCCCUGUCAAUCAAUCCAAAGGCAGACGAGUUUGAGAAUCCUCCAUGCUAUAUUCCACAGCCGGGCGAUGAGCUUCCUUCUAAAGAUCUACUCAAACCGAUGGGUCCCAUAGGCCCAUGGGCUACAGGAAAAGUGGAUUGGAGUCCCAUGGCUGGUUUAACAGGCACACGUCCGGUUGUAGACCGUUAUUCAAUAACUAGAUUCAGUCCUAAUGAAUGGCGUGCAAAAAAUAAGGAGACUUUACAAAAAACCAAUGAUAUUUUCGAUAAAGCUAUCAAAAACCAGUAUAGUUCGAAAACUGCAUUUAUGCGUAUCAGUGCGAUGGUCGAGAAGACACAGGCGGAAACAACGAAAAAUUUGAAACAACGCGGCCAACUUGUAGGAAAGUGGAAGACUACUUUGGAAACAGCUAUAAAAAAUAUGGCAGAUGAAAUUAGUACUUUGGAAGAGGAACGAAUUCGAUUAAAAAAAUCAUUAGUUAUUUUGGGUGUUCCUGAAUCGAUAGCUAAAGAGUGUAUAGAGAAGCGUGCAGGACGACCCGAUACGGAAUUGGUUAGAGACACGCCUGAGGAAGAGCUUAUUAAUGAAUUGGCGCUUAUUGCCGAGAUACGUCAACAGCUUAAAAAAACAUUGGAAGAUUUUGAACAACAGCAGGUAGAAAAUCGUACGGCAAGACAACGCCUUGAAUAUGAUUGGAGCGACAAAAAAGAGGCUUAUGAAAUCGAUACAAUUAAUGUGGGACUUAAUAACUUUUCAAAAACAAUAAUGUUUCGUCCUGGGGCAAUUCGCCAGCCACCUGAGCAAGCAUCCGAACAAUACUGGGAGCAUUUCAGUAAAGAAACAUUGGAGGAAUGUGAAAAGUGUCGACAAAAAUCUAUUAAACUACGACAAACACUCAAUUCAAUCUUGAUGAAUGCUGCUCGUGAUAUACGCAAUCAGGCUGAUGUAGUAGAACGUGCUUUUAUUGCCCGCAUAAAUUGCACUCAAGAAAAUCUACAACGAUUUGAAAAUGAGCUGCGCGAUUGCCUCCAAAAGCUGGCUGAUACUGAGACACGUAUUGUUCAAUUACAUCGUGCAGUUCGUAGCUUUGAUGCAGCUAUGAAGGUGGCUCAAACUCGCAUGGAUAAUCGUAGCUUCAGGCCUAAUGUUGAAAAUUGUCGUGAUUUUGCGCAGCAAGAUCUCAUCGACGAGGUGGCAACAAUACAAAGCGGCGUCACAUCCAUGUUGUCUGAGUUGGAUGCAGCAGAAACUAUCAAAACUGGCCUUAUGCAAACACGUAGCAUUCUGGAACGGGAAAUCAUGUUGAAACGGCGAACAUUGUGGUUAGAUCGAGACCGCUGCAUGUUACUACGCUCCCACUAUCCAUCAGCAAGUGCGUUAAGUGGAUUCGCCAGCAUGUAAAUUAUGAAAGAUAAAAACUACAUUGUAUGUAAUAAGAAAUAUACAUAUUUGACCAUGAACAAAACUCCUAAUGUUAAAAUUAAUAAAACAUGUGGAUAUCUUAUUAUCGGUAA